AUGAAAGCACUUCAAUUAACUCGUGCCACCGUGAAUGCACCUCCGACAGUCGCAAAGGCACUUCUACCCAUCCCGAGCCUGAAACCAGGUUACGCAUUGGUUCAAAUACACUAUGCCUCAAUCCAACCCUCUGAUCGACUGAACUCCCAAGGUGGUUUCCCAUAUACCACAUUCCCUCGGGUUCCAGGUCGCGACUACUCAGGCGUGGUAGUCGAUGUCGCAGACGCCAACGCCGAAUCCUGGAUAGGCAAAAGCGUCUACGGAACUAGUGGAUCAACUCUAGGAUUCAGCGUCGAUGGAACGCACGCACAAUACUGCUUGAUACCGCAAGCUGCACUUGUCGAAAAACCCACCUCUCUAUCACACCUCCAAGCCGCCACCGUUGGUGUUCCCUUUACAACUGCAUUUAUGUGUCUUAGCCGUGCACAGGUAAAUGCAAAUGACACCGUGCUCGUACUGGGCUCAAAUGGAGCCGUCGGGUCUGCAGCCGUGCAAAUGGCUCGAGUAAUGGGAGCCAAGCGGGUAUUCACGGCAGCGAGACGAGAUCACUCGAACACUGAUAUUGUCUUGGCUACCGAGGACAUUGCUUUUGUGCUCAAAAACAGAAUCGCGAGUCUUACCAAUGGAAAGGGGGUGGAUGUGAUUGUCGACACUGUGGGAGAUCUAGCGUUGAUGUCGGCGGCAAUGGCACAAUUGGCAAUUAAUGGGCGCUAUGCAUGGAUUUCAGCUCCUAAAGGAGAUGUUGACAAAAGUAUUUCACUGAAUGUAUUCCAAACAUACCGCAAGGGAUUAUCGCUUCUUGGAUGCAAUUCUCUCAUACCCUCCGUGGAAGAGAUGGCGGAGCAACUACGGUCUAUCAAUGACUGGAUUGACCAAGGACUAUUGAGGGCACAGGAUGAGAAGGAGUUUGAGAUGGUCACGUUGGAUGAUGCUGUUGAAAAGGGAUAUGGUAAGACGGGAAAAGUUGUUAUUGGCAUGUCAUGA